AUGUCUGCUGGCAUGAAUGAAUGCAUUAUUGCAAACAGACGCAUAACAAUAGCCGAAAUUUCUAAUGGACUAGAUAUUUCUCAUGGAAGUGUGCAUAAAAUUACUGCCGAUCAGCUUCAAUUUCAUAAAGUUUGUGCUCGAUGGGUGCCUCGUCUACUGACGGAGGAACAUAAAGGGAAGCGUUUUGAAAUUGCGUUGAAAUUUCCGCAAUGUUACCAAAAGGAAGGAAAUCAGUUUUUGGACAAGAUUGUGAUCGGAGAUGAGUCUUGGAUUCACCACUUCUCACCUGAAACGAAACGCAGAUUCCCCAAGUGGAAACAUUCCACUUCCCAGACACUAAAAAAGUGUCGAACUGUUCCAUCUGCGGGAAACGGGAUGCUGAAGCUAUUUUCGGCAGAGAAGGUUUGCUGCAUACAGAUUUCAUGCCGAAGGUUGCCACAAUUAAUGCAACUUCUUAUUGUGAAAGACUAA